AUGAGAUUCCUUCCUUUGAUAUUCCUUAUUUUAGUUCUCUCAUGUGUAUCAUGUUAAACUCUUUUCUAUGAGGCAUUUUCAUCAAUAACUUUAGGUUAAAUGGAAGGUACAUCACAUAAAUUAUUUAAAAAUAGGUUGGAUAACUACUAAUGCUUAUGGAAGCUUCUCAGAUUGUGGUGGAACACAACUAUUUGGUGGUUUCGACACAUUUGGUAUUCACACUAAAGUUAUGAAAUUCCUUUAAUUACCUCCUCAUUAUGAAGUUUAAAUAAAAUUGAGAUUUUGGAAGUCUUAUUUUUCAUUUAUUUUCUAGAAUUGAUACAUGGGACAACGAAUAUUUUAAUAUAUUUGUUGAUGGGAUAUAAGCCUUCUCAUAAUAGUAUACUUCUAUAGCAAGUCCUUAAAUAUGUGGAAAUUUAUGGGGAGAAGAGAUACGAUCAAUAACUAUAUCAAUUCCUCACGUAUAUUAAUCAAUUUUGAUUCUUAUGACUACUUCACUUGAUGAACCUACAUCAAAUGUAAAAGAUUCUAAAAAUAUAGGAAUCUUGGGGGUUUCGAGAUUUUUAAUUGUUUCUCAGUCUCUGUCCUUCUGACUGCGAAACCUGUACUUCUGGUGAUACUAAAACGGAUUGCAUUUCUUGGAGCCUUCUUAAUUCAGCAUUUUUAGAAAUUAACUCAUCAGUGUUUUCUGAAGAAGGUUGGCACAUAGUAAAUGGGGUUUAAGGCAUUAGCGAUUGCAGCAGUAAAAAUAACAUUAUCAAUAGGUAUACCACUAAUUGGUGGUUAUCAAAAAUGCGGUUAUAAUAGUAAAAUAUCAAAGUUAUUAAAUUUACCUAUUCAUUAAAAACUUAUUAUUAGAUUUCGUUUUGCUUUUAUUGACACUUGGGAUAAUGAAUACUUUUAUCUUUAUAUUGAUGGAAAUUUAGUUUUUUAUCAUUAACAUUUUUAUUAUUAUGGGGAUAUGACAGAUAUUUGUGGUUUGCCAUAUGAUGAUUACUUUCCAAACUUUGAAGUAAUAAUAGAUCACUCAAACCCAAAAAUAGAAUUUGAAUUUACAUCAAAUUUAAAUGAACCCCCAACAACUGAAUCCUUUGGCUUAAGAGAUUUUUAAAUAUUCUCAAGAGUUUUAAAAAAUUGUGGUAACGGAAUGACAGACAUACAUGAAUAAUGCGAUGAUGGUAAUAUUUAUGCAUUUGAUGGAUGUUUUAAUUGUGAGUAUUCUUGUGUAGAGGGAUGUUCAAAUUGUAUUGAUGGAAUAUGUUUUGAAUGUGAUAAUGGAUGGAUAUUCAAUGCAGAUUUUAAUACAUGUAUUGCUAUUGUAGAUGAUACUGAAUUUUAAAUUUGGGAAGAAUGUGAUGAUACAUUAUAAUAUGAGAUUUGUUUAAAUGGAAAAUUCAUUUGUCCAUCAAAUUGUAAAUUGUGUUAAUUUGGUAUUUGUUUAUAAUGUAAUUCAAAUUAUCAAUUAAUUAAUAAUAAAUGUGAACCUAUUUGUUAAAAUUAAUUAAUACUUAAUGAUAUAUAAUGUACUGAUUAUAAUCUUGAACCAUUUGAUAAAUGUCAUUAAUGUUAUUAUGAUCUACCUUAAGGUUGUUAAUUAUAAUCAAAUGGAUUUUGUAUCCAAUGUUUAAAUGGAUGGAUAUUAGAUAAAAAUUAAAAUAUUUGUAUUCCAAUUUGUGGAGAUCUUAUUAUUUUAGGUAAUGAAUAAUGUGAUGUUAAUAAAUAUACAAAAUCAUCAUUUGGAUGUAAUUAAUGUGAAUUUGAUUGCUAAGAUGAAUGUAUUAAUUGUAUAUUUGGAUAAUGUUAUGAUUGUAUUACAGGAUGGAGAUUAAAAAAUUAUUAUUGUGAAUCUGAUUGUGGAAAUAACUCAAUUUAAGGUUAAGAAGAAUGUGAUGAUAUGAAUUCUAUUAGAUUUGAUGGAUGUAAUAAUUGUAGAAAUGAUUGUUAAAGAGAAUGUUCUUAUUGUUAAAGAGGAAUCUGUUUAGAUUGCAUUUACGGUUGGCAUUUGACUGAUCAUUUCAUUUGUGAAUCUCAAUGUGGAGAUAAUUUAAUUGCUUUAUUAUCAUAUGAAGAAUGUGAAGAUUCUAAUUUUAAUUAAUUUGAUGGAUGUUAUUCAUGCAAAAUAGAAUGCUGUCAUUAUUGCGAUGCUUGUGUUUAUGGAUAUUGUUAUGAUAUUGAAUAUACAAUUACAUUAAUGGAUUAAUAUUGUAUUCCUGUUUGUGGAGAUGGACUCAUUAGUGUUGAAUAUGAAUAAUGUGAUGAUAUGAAUGAUAUACCAUAUGAUGGUUGUUAUAAUUGCAAUUACUAAUGUAGAGAACACUGUAAAUUAUGCAUUAAAGGAAUAUGUUAAGAUAAAUGUGAUUAUGGAUACUAUGAAGUAGAUUAUGAAUGCAUUCCAAUAUGCGGAGAUGGUAUCGUAGUUGAAUAAGAAGAUUGUGAUGAUCAAAAUGAUAUUUAAUCUGAUGGAUGUUUUAAAUGUAAAUUUCAUUGUCCAGAUCAUUGUGAAAUAUGUUAAUAAGGACUAUGUAAAUUAUGCGAAUAAGGUUUUGAAUUAAAUCGUAUACUAAAUUAAUGUCUUGCAUUUUGUGGUAAUGGUAUGGUUUCAAAGGAAGAAGAAUGUGAUGAUAUGAAUAAAGAAGAUGGAGAUGGAUGUUCAAGAUUUUGUAGGAUUGAAAGCGAUUAUCAAUGCAGAAAUUACGAAUUAAGUUUUUCAUAAUGUACUUAUUCUAAACAACCAAGAUUCUAUCUUUAAUUUAAAGAAGAAAGAGAUUAAAAAUAAUAUGUUUCAUUGUUAUUUACUUAAUAAGUUAAGUAUUAAAAUUAAGAUUUUUAUUCUAAAUACAUCUAAAUGAAUCUUAUAGAUAUAGACAUUAAUGUCUAUUAGUUGAAUUUAAUUAUUAUUUAAGAACCAGUUGAAUAUCCAACAAAUGUUGAAUACAUGGUAGAAAUUUAAAUAAAUUAAACUUUAUCUAAACGUCCUUACUUAGAAGUAACUUUAGAUGAAUAAUUAUAUAAUUCAGAAGAUAAUACACUUUAUAAUCAAUAUGAUAAAAUAUAACUAAAUCAGCCUAAGUAUAUGGAUGAUUAAAAAUAAGAAGCAGCUGCUACUUUAAAUCAAGCAAGUAAAUAUUUAAUGAAUUCUAUUGGAGGAAUUGGCAUACUUGCUUUUUUUCUAGGAAAUUCAUUUAUUUUCUCUAGUAUUCUGGAAGUAUUACAACAAUAAUCUUANUGUGAUGAUAUGAAUUCUAUUAGAUUUGAUGGAUGUAAUAAUUGUAGAAAUGAUUGUUAAAGAGAAUGUUCUUAUUGUUAAAGAGGAAUCUGUUUAGAUUGCAUUUACGGUUGGCAUUUGACUGAUCAUUUCAUUUGUGAAUCUCAAUGUGGAGAUAAUUUAAUUGCAUUAAUAUCAUAUGAAGAAUGUGAAGAUUCUAAUUAUGAUUAAUUUGAUGGAUGUUAUUAAUGCAAAAUGGAAUGCUGUCAUUAUUGUGAUGUUUGUGUUUAUGGAUAUUGUUAUGAUUGUUAAUAUACAUUUACAUUAAUUGAUUAAUAUUGUAUUCCUGUUUGUGGAGAUGGACUCAUUAGUGUUGAAUAUGAAUAAUGUGAUGAUAUGAAUGACAUACCCUAUGAUGGUUGUUAUAAUUGCAAUUACUAAUGUAGAGAACACUGUAAAUUAUGUAUUAAAGGAAUAUGUUAAGAUAAAUGUGAUUAUGGAUACUAUGAAGUAGAUUAUGAAUGCAUUCCAAUAUGCGGAGAUGGUAUCGUUGUUGAAUAAGAAGAUUGUGAUGAUCAAAAUGAUAUUUAAUCUGAUGGAUGUUUUAAAUGUAAAUUUCAUUGUCCAGAUCAUUGUGAAAUAUGUUAAUAAGGACUAUGUAAAUUAUGCGAAUAAGGUUUUGAAUUAAAUCGUAUACUAAAUUAAUGUCUUGCAUUUUGUGGUAAUGGUAUGGUUUCAAAGGAAGAAGAAUGUGAUGAUAUGAAUAAAGAAGAUGGAGAUGGAUGUUCAAGAUUUUGUAGGAUUGAAAGCGAUUAUCAAUGCAGAAAUUACGAAUUAAGUUUUUCAUAAUGUACUUAUUCUAAACAACCAAGAUUCUAUCUUUAAUUUAAAGAAGAAAGAGAUUAAAAAUAAUAUGUUUCAUUGUUAUUUACUUAAUAAGUUAAGUAUUAAAAUUAAGAUUUUUAUUCUAAAUACAUCUAAAUGAAUCUUAUAGAUAUAGACAUUAAUGUCUAUUAGUUGAAUUUAAUUAUUAUUUAAGAACCAGUUGAAUAUCCAACAAAUGUUGAAUACAUGGUAGAAAUUUAAAUAAAUUAAACUUUAUCUAAACGUCCUUACUUAGAAGUAACUUUAGAUGAAUAAUUAUAUAAUUCAGAAGAUAAUACACUUUAUAAUCAAUAUGAUAAAAUAUAACUAAAUCAGCCUAAGUAUAUGGAUGAUUAAAAAUAAGAAGCAGCUGCUACUUUAAAUCAAGCAAGUAAAUAUUUAAUGAAUUCUAUUGGAGGAAUUGGCAUACUUGCUUUUUUUCUAGGAAAUUCAUUUAUUUUCUCUAGUAUUCUGGAAGUAUUACAACAAUAAUCUUAUUUAAGAUUUAUUAAUGUUGUAUUUCCUUUUAAUUUGUUUAUCUACUUUGAAGCAAGUAACAUAAUAACCAUAUAACCUAUUUUAUAAUUCUUUAAGGUUGAUUCCAUUAUGGCACCAACAUUUGAUACAAUAUACAUAGAAUCUUAUGAAAAAUUAAAAUUUUAUGAAAUUAAUGCUGAUCUAUUAACUAACAUUUAAACUUAAAUAUUUCUCAUUAUUGUCUUAAUUAUCAUUUAUUAUUCUUGUGCCUUACUUAUAAUUAUAAUAGAUUCAAUCAAAGUAGAAUUAUUACUUUUGCUUGGUAAAUUUGGAUAUAAAUUACUGAUANAUUGAUUAAUAUUGUAUUCCUGUUUGUGGAGAUGGACUCAUUAGUGUUGAAUAUGAAUAAUGUGAUGAUAUGAAUGACAUACCCUAUGAUGGUUGUUAUAAUUGCAAUUACUAAUGUAGAGAACACUGUAAAUUAUGUAUUAAAGGAAUAUGUUAAGAUAAAUGUGAUUAUGGAUACUAUGAAGUAGAUUAUGAAUGCAUUCCAAUAUGCGGAGAUGGUAUCGUUGUUGAAUAAGAAGAUUGUGAUGAUCAAAAUGAUAUUUAAUCUGAUGGAUGUUUUAAAUGUAAAUUUCAUUGUCCAGAUCAUUGUGAAAUAUGUUAAUAAGGACUAUGUAAAUUAUGCGAAUAAGGUUUUGAAUUAAAUCGUAUACUAAAUUAAUGUCUUGCAUUUUGUGGUAAUGGUAUGGUUUCAAAGGAAGAAGAAUGUGAUGAUAUGAAUAAAGAAGAUGGAGAUGGAUGUUCAAGAUUUUGUAGGAUUGAAAGCGAUUAUCAAUGCAGAAAUUACGAAUUAAGUUUUUCAUAAUGUACUUAUUCUAAACAACCAAGAUUCUAUCUUUAAUUUAAAGAAGAAAGAGAUUAAAAAUAAUAUGUUUCAUUGUUAUUUACUUAAUAAGUUAAGUAUUAAAAUUAAGAUUUUUAUUCUAAAUACAUCUAAAUGAAUCUUAUAGAUAUAGACAUUAAUGUCUAUUAGUUGAAUUUAAUUAUUAUUUAAGAACCAGUUGAAUAUCCAACAAAUGUUGAAUACAUGGUAGAAAUUUAAAUAAAUUAAACUUUAUCUAAACGUCCUUACUUAGAAGUAACUUUAGAUGAAUAAUUAUAUAAUUCAGAAGAUAAUACACUUUAUAAUCAAUAUGAUAAAAUAUAACUAAAUCAGCCUAAGUAUAUGGAUGAUUAAAAAUAAGAAGCAGCUGCUACUUUAAAUCAAGCAAGUAAAUAUUUAAUGAAUUCUAUUGGAGGAAUUGGCAUACUUGCUUUUUUUCUAGGAAAUUCAUUUAUUUUCUCUAGUAUUCUGGAAGUAUUACAACAAUAAUCUUAUUUAAGAUUUAUUAAUGUUGUAUUUCCUUUUAAUUUGUUUAUCUACUUUGAAGCAAGUAACAUAAUAACCAUAUAACCUAUUUUAUAAUUCUUUAAGGUUGAUUCCAUUAUGGCACCAACAUUUGAUACAAUAUACUUAGAAUCUUAUGAAAAAUUAAAAUUUUAUGAAAUUAAUGCUGAUCUAUUAACUAACAUUUAAACUUAAAUAUUUCUCAUUAUUGUCUUAAUUAUCAUUUAUUAUUCUUGUGCCUUACUUAUAAUUAUAAUAGAUUCAAUCAAAGUAGAAUUAUUACUUUUGCUUGGUAAAUUUGGAUAUAAAUUACUGAUUUAAGUUAAAAGAGUGUGUUGGAUUUAUUAGAAAGAAUUUAGAAAGGAUGGGCUUAAGGCAUUUCUAAUAGCAAAUUGUUGGGAUCUUUUUUUUACUUGUUUUUUAUAAUUAAAAUCAUCAUAAUCAUAUACUACAUUCAGAUCCAUAAUUUGUUUAAUCUUCGCGUAUGUAAUAUUUUAUGGAUCUUUGUUAAUACUUAGAUAAUAUAUUUAUAAGAAUGAAUUAAUCAAACAAAAUUGUUUUAGUUAUUGGAUUUCAAAAAUCGAUUUAUUUUUCACCUUAAAAAAAUUAGUUUUCAUUUUCAUUUUAGUAUGCUUUCAAAAAAAUGAGUAAAUUCAAACAAUCUUAUUAACAUUUGUAUGUAAUUUAUAUCUCAUUUAUGUAAUCAAAUUCAAACCAGUCAUAAAAAAAUAGGACUAUUGUAAUUUAAUUAUGAUGGAAGGAAGUGCCUUUAUUUUUACAUUAACCUCUGCUAUGUAUUGGAGCGCUUUUAAAACCAUAAUAACCAGUAAUAGCUAGAUAUGUCUUGGCUGGUUUCAUAUUAUAAUGUUACUUCUAGUUUUAUUAGUGAAUUUAUUGAUACAAAUAUAUGGAACCUUUCAUACUUUGAUAAGUAAAAUUAGCGAAAAAGUUUGUAAAAAAUAAAAAAAACGAUUAAUAUAAGCAAAUCCAUAUCCUUUAUCUAGUGUAAUAAAAUUCAAACCAUGA